CUGCGGGAAAAGAGAAAGCAGGGAAGCCAGGAGGAUGCCGGGAAGAAGCUGUUACGGUGGAAUCCAGAAGUCCCCAGUUUAUUUAGAGGGGAAGUAGAAACCCCAGGUUUGGACCUUGUCCCGGGGGACUUCCACCACCCCGCCCCCCAGAGAAGGUCAGAGUUCAGCAGACAAUGGACAUCCGGGUAGUUCGGUGGGAGGAGCUAAUCCCAUCCCACGUUAAGCAUCUCUCGUGUCCCUGUGGUCUCCCCUGGCUAACGUCCAUGAGCAGAUGGCCCAGCCCUGGGCUGAGUCUUUCCGUUUUGUGUCCGUUGUAGGGCAUCAGCCCCUCCCGUUAUCCCGGUCCGGAAGUCCUCCUUUCCUCUCUUACCCUGGAAAGUCCCUCCACUGCCCCUCCCACCCUAAACCCGGGUCACCUAGAGAGCAUUGAAGCUCCCACCUUGGGUGGCUCCUCCUAGUGGUCAUAUUUGGCCCUCGCAGGGGUCCCUGACCAGAGCGGCCACAGGUGAGUCCUGGACUGCGCAGUCGGUUGUGGGAGCAGCUCUGGGUCGAGGCCUCCCAGCUGAACCCCUUUUGCCCUUCAUUGAGGAGGGAUUUUGACUAUUUAAUAAUUGUUCUGGGUUUUUCCAGUUAACAAAGGAAGCCACGUGGUGGCCGGGGAGAGGCGCCAGGAAGCCUCACUUCCUGGGGCAGAAGGGGGCUUCCUAGACAGGCUAUGCAGAAAGGGAGCCCGACACCGGAAAAGGCCCGGCUCUGGCUGGACCGGACCAGGAACCCCCUUCGGGCCUCCUUCCGGCGUCUUCCUGACUGGCUUUGGGAAGCAGCGCCAGAGAAAGUCCCCAUCGGAGCACCAGAGCCCACUUGGAGAUCGAUCUGCUACCCAGAAUGCACCACGGGAUGCCCGCGGUCCCCCCCUCAUGCCUGGCACAAAGCGGGAAUGCAGAGACCCCUAGGAAAGCGCAGGGCCCCGAGCUGUCUUAGGCCCGAGAAGAGCUGGGAACUGGGGACGCCGGAGGCCCAGGGAAAGCCAGGAGGCAGGAGCGCCCUACAGUGUACGGGCGAGCACAGGCUACAGCACCUCAACGACCUACGGGCGAGGGGUGGGGGCGGUCCAGGCACUCAGCCGACGCGGUAGAAGGUUGGGGAGGUCCGGGGACUUGGAUAGCGAGGGAUCAGAAAGGGGGAGGAGUGCAGAGGGAGAGGGUCAGCUGGGCGGGGCUAUAUAGCCCUGUAAUAGGCGGAGCUGAGGCCUCCCGGAACCCGGAAGUUACGAAAGUACCCGGUGCCCCGCCCUUCCCUACUUCCAAACCUUUUCCCGCUGCCGCUCCAUACAAGGCUGUGGAAUUCCCAUCUUCCCGCGCCUCCAGCCUCGGUAAUUACGACCUGGUGCUGGAAACGAGCCUGAAAAGAUAGAGUAAAUUCACCAGAGGGACUCACUGGGGCUAUGUUGCUGCCUCUACAGGGAGCCUGGAAUCCUAGGAAUGGCCUUGGAGAAGGACAGACUCCCACUCCAGGAGGUGGUGACGUUCCAGGAUGUGGCUGUGGACUUCACUCGGGAGGAGUGGCGCCUCUUGUCCCCUUCCCAGAAGGAGCUGUACAAGGAGGUGAUGCUGGAGAAUGCCCGGAACCUGCUAACAGUGGGGCUUUCAGCUCCCCCGGAAAAAGUGGUCUCUUAUUUGGAGCAGAGGGAUGUCCUAUGGAUGCUGGAGCAAGAAGGUCUGAGGAUCUGGUACCCAGAAGGAGAAAACAGACCUGAAAUUAUGGUGAAUCCAACAGAGGUAAGCUUUCCUGUGGAAGAAGUGAACCUACAAAGAUCCAUUAGUGAUGGUCCUGAUAACUUUGCUUCCAGGGAAUUCAGUGUCACGUCUCAAAAUUCAUCUUAUAUUGAACAUCAAAGAAUGCAUCCUGAGGAAAAAUCUAGUGAAAAUAAUCAGUGUGGAAAGAGUUUUUUGCACAGGGCCAGUCUUUCUGGACAUCAGAGAAUCCACACUGGUGAGGAAAUUUAUGAAUACAAGCAAUGUGGAAAGACAUUCAUUGUGAGCCCCAGUCUUCCUAGACAUCGGAGUAUGCACACUGGGGAAAAACCUCAUGAAUGCCAGCAAUGUGGAAAGGCAUUCAUUCGCAGUUCCAGUCUUGUGGAACAUCAGAGAAUGCACACUGGGGAGAAACCUUAUGAAUGCAAGCAAUGUGGAAAGGCAUUCAGUCAGAGGUCCCAUCUUCCUAAACAUCAGAGAAAGCACACUGGGGAGAAACCUGAUGAAUGCAAGCAAUGUGGAAAAGCAUUCAGUGACAGCUCCCAUCUUGCUACACAUCAGAGAAUGCACACUGGGGAGAAACCUUAUGAAUGCAAGCAAUGUGGAAAAGCAUUCAGUGACAGCUCCCAUCUUGCUACACAUCAGAGAAAGCAUACUGGGGAGAAACCGUAUGAAUGCAAGCAAUGUGGAAAAGCAUUCCGAACCAGCUCUCAUCUUGCUACACAUCAGAGAACGCACACUGGGGAGAAACCUCAUGAUUGCAAGCAAUGUGGAAAGGCAUUCAGUCAGAGGUCUAUUCUUUUGCAACAUCAGAGAAUUCACACUGGGGAGAAACCUUAUGUAUGCAAGCAAUGUGGAAAGGCAUUCAGUCAGAGGUCCACUCUUGUACAACAUCAGAGAAUGCACACUGGGGAGAAACCUUAUGAAUGCAAGCAGUGUGGAAAGGCAUUCAGUUGCAGCUCUGCUCUUGCUGCACAUCAGAGAAUCCACACUGGGGAGAAACCUUAUGAAUGCCAGCAGUGUGGAAAAGCAUUCAGUCACAGGUCCUAUUUUGCUACACAUCAGAGAACGCACACUGGGGAAAAGCCUUAUGAUUGCAAGCAAUGUGGAAAAGCAUUCCGUAACAGCUCCCAUCUUGGUAGACACCAGAGAACACACAGUGGGGAAAAACCUUAUGAAUGCAAACAAUGUGGAAAAGCAUUCAGUGACAGCUUCCAUCUUGCUACACAUCAGAGAAUGCACAGUGGGGAAAAACCUUAUGAAUGCAAGCAAUGUGGAAAAGCAUGCCAAAGCAGCUCCCAUCUAGCUAAACAUCAGAGAACACACACUGGGGAGAAACCGUAUGAAUGCAAGCAAUGUGGAAAAGCAUUCAGUGACAGCUCCCAUCUUGCUACACAUCAGAGAAAGCACACUGGGGAGAAACCGUAUGAAUGCAAGCAAUGUGGAAAGGCAUUCAGUCAGAGGUCCACUCUUGUACAACAUCAGAGAAUUCACACUGGGGAGAAACCUUAUGAAUGCAAGCAAUGUGGAAAGGCAUUCAAUCACAGCUCCAGUAUUUUGCAUCAUCAGAGAAUACACACUGGGGUGAAACCUUUUGAAUGCAAGCAAUGUGGAAAAGCAUUCAGUCACAGGUCCUAUUUUGCUACACAUCAGAGAACGCACACUGGGGAAAAGCCUUAUGAUUGCAAGCAAUGUGGAAAGGCAUUCCGUCAGAGGUCUAUUCUUUUGCAACAUCAGAGAAUUCACACUGGGGAGAAACCUUAUGAAUGCAAGCAAUGUGGAAAGGCAUUCCGUCAGAGGUCCCAUCAUGCUAGACACCAGAGAAUACACACUGGGGAGAAACCUUAUGAAUACAACCAAGGUGGAAAGACAUUCAGUUGGAACUCCCAUCUUGCUGUACAUCAGUAAACCUUCACUGGAGAGAACCUUGAGAACAAAAGCUAUGUGAAAGGAUGUUCUGACAGUCAAGGAAUGGACAUGAAAACCAUAUGCGUGUAUAUGUCUCCAAAUGACUGUUUUCCCCUUUUGUUUUUUAUUUUUCACUUACAAGGAGAAAUCAGACCUGAUAUUAAAGUGAAUCCAAUAGAGGUUAACUUUCCUGUGGAAGAAAUGAACCUACAAAGAUUCAUUGGUGAUGGUCCUGAUAACUUUGCUUCCAGGGAAUUUUGUGUUGCAUUUCAAAACUCAUCUCGUAUUGAACAUCAAAGAAUGCAUCCUGAGGAAAAAUGUAAUGAAAAUAACCAGUGUGCAAAGAGUUAUGCAUAGGGCCAGUCUUUCUGAUUACUAGAAAAUCCACACUGGGGGAAAACCUUAUGAAUGUAAUGUGGGAAGACAUUCAGUCAAGAGCUCCAGUCUUGUGAAACAUCAGAGAAUGCACACUGGGUGGCAACCUCGUAAAUUGCAAGCAAUGUGGAAAAAUAUUCAGUCUUAUAAUAACUAAAAAUAAAUAGCAUCCACUUGUCUAUGGAUUAUUAUCUCCAAUGCAUAUGAUAAGAUACAGUCAGUCUAUACAGGAGAUGCUGGCUUUACAUGUGAGCAAUGAAUGCAAGAGUCCUUCUCUUCAACCUAUAUAAAUAUUGGAGUUGUUAACAAUAUUUAGAAUGGUCCUUUCCACGAAGGCUCAGUUGCUCCAGUACGCUUGAAAUUCUUAAUAUACAUUAUCUCCUGGGUUCAGGUCAUGAAGAGAAUAGUCUAGUGGUCUGGCUCAUACUGCAGCUCCGGAUUCAUGAAGUUCAUGCAGUUUUGCUGUAAUUCCUUAUAUAGGAAGCAAUAGUCAUCUCCCCCUCAUAGUGACAUAUAUGCAGGGUUUAAAGACUUAGCGUGUAUAGGUGGAUGUCCAAAAAGGAUCUCAAAAGGUGAGAUGUGUAGCUCUCUUCUAGGCUUGCUUCUGAGAUAAAAUAGGACCAGAGGGAGAAUUUCAGGCCAUUUUUAAGGUGUCUCAGUGCAUAAUUUUCCAAUCAUACUUUUAGGUCCUGUGUUCAUCCUUUCAACUUGGACUGAGCUGUAGGGAUGAUAUGGAACAUGGAAUUUGGGAGUUAUCCCCAGCCAAGAAUGUAUCUGAUUUAGGACAUAAUCAGUAAAGUGGCUUCCUCUAUCUGAAUCAAUAUGCUGACACACCAAAAGGAGUAAUAAUUUAUUUUAAAAGCACCUUAGCAACAAAAGCUAUCUUUUUCACCAUCAGAAUUCAAAUCAUCUUCACUGCUGUAUGUAUCACUUCAAUUGCUAAUCGGUAGCACAAAAGAAUCCUGAUUUGAAAAAGAUGGCACCAUUUAAACACUAUUUCUUAGCACACUGUUAAUCAGCUUCAUGUCACACAUUCAUUUAGUCCAUCGUAUAAACCAGUAUACUAGGAUUAAACAGUCAACAAUACAUGUAGAUGUUUGAAUUCAAAUGAUGAUGUUAUUCUUAUCCUACAAAUAUAUAUUUUAGUCACAAACUAGCUCCAGCUCAGCAAUAUCUCAUAAAGUAUUUCACAGCAUUCUGAGCUCCUGCUAGAUGUUCCAUCUCAAAUUUGCAGAUGGGAGGGGGAAGGAAAGGGAGAGAGGGAAAUAAGUUUGAUCUUAUAACUUAGGAAAACUUGAGGGGAAUUUUUUUUUUACAUGUAAUUGGUUUAAAACCAGAAACAUAUUUAAAAAAGAAAUGAUAAACAAAAUAAAGACAGGCUUCUGUGAAAUAGAGGACUAAAAAGUCUUGGUUAUGAAAAGAUUGGAGGAAGACACACAUUUUGAUAUUCAUAUAUGAGCCAAGAGAAUGUGAAAAAUGUAAACAAAAAUGAACAAUGAUAAAAGGCUAACAAAGUAAAAAAUUGCUUACAGUUGUGUCCAGGAAGUGCAUUCCUCUCCCUCCUGAGAAACUUGACUGUUCCGUCAACAUUCCUCACAUAACACAGUUGUGACAGGUUUUGCGUCUGUGUAAGUGUUGUACAUUAAUAAAAGUCAAGGCUUCAGGGUUGUAGAGAAGGAAGACAAUGAAGAAGGGACACGGGAAGAGAGGAGGCAAGUAAGGGGAAAAAGAAGAGACUUGUAGGCUAGGCACCUCAUGGUCAGGUUACGUAGAGGAAUGAUGAUAUUUUAACUAUGACUGUCUACCCUUUCUAAUAAACUUUAUACAAUAUAUAUCUGGGGAGAAAUAUUAAUUCAAUUUUUACACAGUCUAAUGUAUACAGAUGAUUGCUGCAUCACCUCUGAACCUUAUCAUUAGGGUUCAUAGAGGUAAUCUAAUUAAUGAAUACCUUGUGGUGGGUCUCCUAUGUCUUCAUGAUGUUCAGAGAAGAAUGGAAAGAUGGGAAGAAGAAUGAGAUAAGUAUGAAAAGGAAUAGAAAUUUAAGGGGAUUUCUCUCCCAUAAUUAGGGUGCACAAGAAUAAAGCUGUCCAAA